UCUUCCUGUGAAAUUUAAAGUUUUCUCAUUGAGCAUCUUUGGACAUGUGGACCCACCUGUGCUCCUGAUGUUACCUGUCAAACAUGUCCUGUCGACACGAACACUGUGGCACGUUAGGGGGCGCUGCAGUUCGUCAGGGAGCGUGGAUGCUGAUCAGGUCAGGACUCUGCUGCAGCUCUGCGUGGAGAGAUACUACGUCUCACCCGGUCACACAAACAUGGAGUUGUUCCGCCGCGGUAUGAGCUGUAGCUUUGGGCCUCUGGGCAUGGAGCUGAGGAGGAACCUGCUGGAACAGUGGUGGCGCUCUGUGACCACCUCCAGAGCUCAGGUGUUUGGGAUAAACACUGUGAGCAGCAGCAGGGACACAGACACUGAUGAAGGAGGAGGAGGAGGAGAACUGAGGAUCAUUGAAGCUGAAAGACUUAAACAAAUACUUGGACAGGAAGAGCUGAGUAAGGAGCAGAUCAUCCAGGAGGUGCAAACGCUCCUUCACAGGUCCCCAUCUGUGAGAACUAACUUACUUCAAGGUGCCUUGGAGCAGUUUGUGCCGUUGUUGGAGCUGGUGAACAAGAAGUUGCCCUUUGGCCUGGCUGAGACCAAUCUGUGCUUUCAGCCUUCAGAUGGUUCUGGUUGUCCUGCUGAGGUCACCCAGACGUCUCUGGUGUGGUUCUGCUCUCCUCGCACAUCUCCACAUUGGCUCGAUCACUGGGCUCGACAGAGGCUGAAGUGGUGGAGAAAAUUUUCACUGUCUCCCUCCGACUUCAGCAGCAGUGACGUGCCAGAGGGGGAACUUGUGGUGGCAGCGUCCCGCGGUGUGAGAAUCGUCUAUAAUUUCCCGUGGGGACAAGAGCCACUGGAGAUGCUGUGUAGCCGAGGAGACACUGAGCUGCUGCAAACACACAAAGGUGUUCGAUCAAAACUUCAGUGUCGAAACGAGCGCAAGUCGGUGCCUCAUGUUGUUUCUCUCACCGGGAACAUGGAUCGUGGCAUGAUGGCCUUUUUGUCCAACUCACUGCAGCUGCAGAAGAAAAGAGACAGCAAACAGAGGCUGCACCAGAGAAAAGUUCUGAAGUUGAAUCCAGUGUUGGCUCCAAUAAAAGUGGCUUUAGACAUUGGCAGAGGAGCUACGAUGGAGCUAAGACAGGUUUGUGAAGGCCUUCUUCAAGAGUUUAUGGAGUCUAAAAUCACUGUGUGGCCUGGGUACCUUGAAACUACGCCAACAUCAAUGGAGCAGCUUCAUGCCAAAUACGAUGAGAUGGGAGUGCUCUUCACUGUGGUGGUCAGUGAGAACACCAUGGAGAGUGGCCUCCUUCAGGUUCGCAGCAGAGACACCACCAUCAAGGAAACCAUGCACAUCUCUGAGAUUAAGAACUUUAUCUCUAGAUAUGUUUCUGCUGCAGACAAAAUCUGAAGAGACAUACUGUGAUGGCACCCAGGAUCUUGUGCUGCCUCAGUUUCCUACAGAGACAUCCUUGUGAUAAAUGUUUCCACUGUCUGUAAUGUUUUAUUGAAUAAUAGAUGGUUCAGUGUGAUCCAGCCAGGAACUGUGGAUGUGUUUAGGUAUCACUGGCUGGAUGACCAUUCUCUACCAUAUCUGAUAAGCUGAGCGACUCCUAUCAUUACAUAAUUUAUGACAAGGCAGGACAAUUUAUAAUUUUCAAAUCAUAAUUGCAAUUUGAAACAAUGUGGUUUGCAAAUCACAAAGGUUUAUUGUAUUCUACAUAAAUAAAUAAAAAAAAGUUUUCAUUCA